UCCAUUACUUGAAUAUCAACAUCAUAGAACGAACAAACGAAGCCAUGGAAAUUAUAUUUAAGGAUCCAUCAUUCUUCUCCCUUCUUUCUCUUCUUCAACCUUCACCUCAGUUUUAUUUCAAUGGCUACUAUAACUUCCCACUUCGCCAAUGUCAAAUCCACCGUUCAUUUUCCAUGCAUAUCAAAUCAACGCCGUUCCCACUUACCACCCCUUAAGCCCACCACCGUCAGAAUGUCUAUGACGCAACAAACUCGCAACUCACAACCCUAUGGGGCUUCUGUGCAGGCCGACAUCGAAGCCCAUAUCAAACAAUUCCUCACCAUCAAAGAACCUCUCGCGGUUUUCGAGCCCAUGCAUCACCUUGUUUUCAAUGCCCCGAAAACCACCGUACCGGCUUUAUGCCUCGCCGCAUGUGAGCUUGUCGGAGGUCAACGCCACCGAGCUAUAUCCGCUGCUUCAGCUUUGUUACUAAUGGAGGCAGCUACUUAUACUCACGAGCAUCUUCCACUCACAGACAGGCCCAAGCCAGUGGUGAAGAAUCAUGUUUUUGGGCCUAACGUGGAGCUUCUAACUGUCGAUGGAAUAGUCCCGUUUGGAUUUGAACUGUUAGCUAGAUCCGACGAUGGAGAAAAUUCAGAGCGGAUCUUGAGGGUGAUGGUUGAGAUUUCGCGGGCUGUGGGUUCAGGAGGGGUGGUAGAUGCGCAGUACAGGAAAACAAUGGAUACCAGAUCGGACGGUGAGGAGGUAUGCCACGUGGAAGAAAUCAUGCGUGUGGUGGAGAAAUACGAAGGUGAGUUGCAUUCGUGUGGAGCAGUAUGUGGAGGGGUGUUGGGUGGGGGAAGUGAAGAUGAAAUUGAGAGAUUGAGAAAAAUUGGAUUCUGUGUUGGAAUGAUUCAAGGAAUGGCAAAAAGGGGAUUCAAUGAAGGUAAACAAGUGAUUGAGGCAAGAAAUUUGGCAUUACAAGAAUUGAAGUUUUUCAAGGAUAAAGAACUUGAUGCAAUUAUAACUUUCUUGAAUAUUUAAAUCUUAAAACUUUCUUGAAUAUUUAAAUCUC